CUGGCGGGCGGCGGGGCUGAGGCGGCGCCGCGCUUCCUGGCGGCUGGGCUUCCGGUGCGGCGGAGGCGAUGGCGGCGGGCGGCAGCGACCCGCGAGCGGCGGACGUGGAGGAGGACGCCUCGCAGCUCGUCUUCCCCAAAGAAUUUGAAACUGCGGAAACUCUUCUAAAUUCAGAAGUACAUAUGCUGCUUGAGCAUCGUAAGCAACAGAAUGAGAGUGCAGAAGACGAGCAGGAGCUUUCAGAGGUCUUCAUGAAGACCUUGAACUACACAGCGCGCUUCAGCCGCUUCAAAAACCGGGAAACCAUUGCCAGUGUCCGAAGUUUGCUGCUCCAGAAAAAGCUCCAUAAAUUUGAAUUGGCAUGUUUGGCUAACUUGUGUCCAGAGACAGCUGAGGAGGCAAAAGCAUUGAUUCCUAGCCUGGAGGGCCGGUUUGAAGAUGAGGAGUUACAGCAGAUUCUUGAUGACAUUCAGACUAAACGCAGCUUCCAGUAUUAAGGUUAACACUCAACUCUUUUAUCUGAAUAGAAAAACCUGGGAACUUGGACUGUGCCUUAGCCCUCUGGACCAGUCCAGCUCCAGGCUGAGUAAGGGAAGUUGUGGAUACAGGGUAUUCCAGUACUGUGUCAUCCAUAGGUGCAUUCAGUCUGGAGAUCGAUGUCAUCCUUUUGGUUUGUUUCACAUGUGUGUUGGCAAGGGUGCCUGUAUCGUGAAAGCCAAAGAACCUGAAAAGCCUUUUCCCAGUGGCUCAAGUAUUUGUUUCUUCCAAAUCCCUCUUCCUGAUUUGGAAAUUUUCAGUGUGUUUCUGUUUUUUUUAGCAGAAAUGUAGAUGUCAAUGCUUUUUUUGGUGAACUUCUAAAGGAAACGGAGAAACUUGUCCUCGAUCUCAGGAGGCUUGUUGAUGGGUGGCAUCAAUUUCUGUGGUGUUUUCUUUUUUUAUUGUUUGAUCAGUGCAGUGGAUUUUUACAGCUUCAAUAAUUUCCUGUUAUUGUUUAGUGUAAAUUAAAAGAUAUUUCUAAUUAAGGCCAUGUGGUUCAUAAACACUGGGUGCAUAUUAUGAUUUUAUUAAUGAGGACCUUUUCAUUAAACAGAUCCUGUGAUUAUUAA